CUCCUGGCCAUGCGACACGUCCGACUCCCUUGUUGGCCCGUAACGGUAUUCCAUCGGAGCACUGGAAAUACCUCAAAGAGGGUCAAUUGAACUCAAUGCUGGGCACCACGCAAGGGGAAAUGCUUCGACACAUCACAGAUUCUGCAGCUCGGGGAACACUCACGCAUCGGACGAGUGAGACGCCAAAGCCGUGUUGGAGUACCAAUGGGGCAACGAAAAUGCGGUAAUCUGUUCGACGCGCAAGCUAUAUAAAGCGGAGGUGCUUGACGUGUUUUGUGUUGAAAAUCACAGCGCUUUCUCAUUCUGAGAAUGGUGGUUCCUACGGCUCUACUUCUAUGGCCUCUUCUGGCUCUGGCCGACAUCAGCUCAGUCCAGCAGCCGCUGGCCAAUUGUCCAGGAUACACGGCUAUUAAUGUGCAAAAUCAGUCUAACGGAUUGGUUGUUGACUUGACUCUGGCUGGCUCGCCAUGCGACGCGUACGGGACUGAUAUUGUGAACUUGAAGCUGAAGGUCGACUACGAGACCGACACACGCCUCCAUGUUAUCAUCUACGAUGCCGACGAAAAUGUCUAUCAGGUUCCCGAGUCGGUUUUUCCAAGACCCUCCGUGGGCGGUCGACCGAGCAACACCGAAGGUACCUCAGAACUCAUAUUCACUUACGAAGAGAGUCCGUUCUCCUUUGCGAUCUCUAGAUCCAGCACUGGAGAAACCCUGUUCAAUUCUUCUGGGAGCAAUCUCGUCUUUCAAUCACAAUACGUGAACCUUCGUACCUCGCUUCCUCAAAAUCCCAAUCUGUACGGCAUUGGAGAGCAUAGCGACUCUCUUCGGCUCAACACGACCAAGUAUACUCGGACGCUCUGGAACCGCGAUGCUUAUACUAUUCCGGCUGGGACAAACCUAUAUGGUGCUCACCCUGUGUAUAUCGACCACCGCCAGACAGGCACCCAUGGCGUGUUCCUUCUGAAUUCCAAUGGAAUGGAUGUGCAGAUUGACCAAGAUCAUGAUGGUGUCCAGUAUCUCGAAUACAAUCUUCUUGGCGGCGUUUUAGACUUUUACUUCCUGGCUGGACCUAGUCCAAAAGAUGUGAGCGUACAGUAUGCAGAGGUUGCUGGCUUGCCAGCCAUGGUACCGUACUGGGGCUUUGGGUUCCACCAAUGCCGUUACGGAUAUCAAGACAUAUUCGAAGUCGCAUCCGUCGUGAACAACUAUAGCCAAGCGAACAUUCCUCUUGAGACUAUGUGGACGGACAUCGACUAUAUGGAUCACAGAAAAGUGUUUACACUUGACCAAGAGCGCUUUCCUCUGCAGAGUGUCCGUGCUCUAGUGGAUUACCUUCAUCAACGCAAUAUGCACUAUAUCGUCAUGGUUGAUCCAGCGGUUGCAAGUACCAAUGACCCAGCAUUCCAGCGCGGAGUCGAGAAGGAUGUAUUCUUACGCAGGGAGGAUGGCGAAUUAUAUCAAGCUGUUGUCUGGCCCGGCGCAACCGUCUUUCCAGACUGGUUUCACCCAAAUACUCCGGACUACUGGAUUAACGAGUUCGCCGUCUUCUUCAAUCCUAAGACCGGAGUGGAUAUCGAUGCCUUGUGGAUUGAUAUGAAUGAAGCGGCCAACUUCUGUGACUGGCCUUGUUCAGACCCUGUUGCAUGGGCACAGGAGCAUAAUUUCCCUCCCGAACCGCCCGCGGCCCGGCCGAAUCCCAGCAGUUUGCCAGGAUUCCCUGAAGUGUUUCAGCCCGGACACGGCAAUGCUAAAAAGGCUCGUCGCCGGGACCAAGAGCCCGGCAAAAAACUAGGCCUCCAGGGCCGUGACUUGAUCAAUCCACCGUAUCAGAUCGCCAACGCAGCUGGGUCUAUCAGUAACCACACAAUCAAUACAGACUUGAUCCACUCUAAUGGGCUCGCAGAAUAUGAUACCCACAAUCUAUAUGGAACUCUAAUGAGCUCGUUUUCUCGAGAGGCCAUGCUGCAUCGGCGUCCCAAUAAACGCCCCUUGGUAAUUACACGCAGCACAUUUGCUGGUGCCGGCUCGCAUGUCGCUCACUGGCUCGGAGACAACGCCAGCACCUGGGAGAAAUAUCGCGUCUCGAUAGCGCAAAUGCUCGCUUUUGCCUCAAUUUUCCAGGUGCCUUUUGUUGGAAGCGACGUCUGCGGCUUUUCGGCCAACACGACGGAGCAGCUUUGCACUCGUUGGGCCAUGCUAGGUGCCUUCAACCCCUUUUAUCGCAAUCAUAAUGAAUAUGGUAUGAUCAGCCAGGAAUUCUACCGCUGGGAAUCAGUUGCCAAAGCCGCGAGAAAGGCAAUUGCCCUUCGAUACCAACUCCUUGAUUAUGUCUAUACCCUUUUCUACCGGCAAACGCAAACUGGCGAGCCCUGGCUCAUGCCGCUGUUCUUUGCGUACCCCGAUGAUCCUCAGACGUACGGCAUCGACCUCCAAUUCUUCUACGGCAACGCGCUGCUCGUUAGUCCUGUUACCCAGGAAGAUAGUACUUCGGUCGAUGCAUAUUUUCCUGACGAUAUGUUCUACGAUUGGUACACUGGACGCCCGGUCCGUGGCCGAGGGGAGGUGAUUACUCUAGCCGACAUCUCGUACACUGAUAUCCCGCUGCAUGUUAGGGGUGGGAGUAUCAUCCCCGUGCGCGCGAGUAGCGCAGUUACGACCGCUGAUCUGAGGAGACGGCCCUUCCAAUUGGUAAUCGCCCCGGACCUGGAUGAUCGGGCAUCGGGAGAAUUAUACGUGGACGAUGGCGAGUCGUUGGAACAGCUCGCAACAUUGGAGGUGACUUUCACCUAUGAGAAUAGCCGGCUGAGCUUUGACGGGGUGUUUACACUCGAAACAAAUCUUAAGAUUGAGUCGGUAACUGUUUUAGGUGAGGAGGAUGGUCAACGUUCAAUUGCCGUUGAUCUGCCUCUUACAGGCCCUGGAAGUGUUGAUCUCACAUAG